GGAUGGGCGGCGCGGGUUGGGCGCGCGGCGAAGCGCGCGUAGCCGACGACUCCGAUUUUGAGACAUUAAAAUCCUUACUAGCAUCUGAAGAAGGUUGGACGUUGGAGUACGAGAAAGAAGGAGUCAAAGUGUGGGCCGAGGACGCCGCACACGGUGCCCUAAGAACUGUAAAGGUUGUAGCUGAGUUCGACGAUGUGGAACCCGAAGCCUUGUAUGAUGUGCUGCACGACCCAGAGUACCGGUCCGUGUGGGACACCCACAUGCUCGCCGCUGAGGAUGCAGGGCAUAUUAAUGUCAACAAUGACGUUGGAUACUACGCGAUGUCAUGCCCAGCACCUCUCAAGAACCGCGACUUCGUGCUUCAGCGGUCGUGGUUGGAUACAGGCGACGAAAAGAUGAUCCUAAAUCACUCAGUCUACCACAAGGACUAUCCACCAAGGAAGGGAUUUGUCAGGGCAUUGUCUCUUCUUACUGGCUUCGUUGUGCGCACACGGACCACUAGUGGGAGCUGGCUGGGCUACGUGUCCAGAUCAGACCCUCGUGGAGCAUUACCAGCUUGGUUGGUCAACAGGGUGACGGCGCAGCUGGCUCCACGCCUUGUUCACCAACUGCAUGCUGCAGCACGGCGAUAUCCUGGUUGGAAGGCUCUGACAGAUCUACCCUACCAUAAGCCCUGGAGGCACCCUGAGCAAGUGCCAUCGUAUAGGAUUUCAUUAGCCGAUUGCAUAGACCCUGACGCACCGCCUCCUCCGGAGGAACCGAAACCGGACACCUCUAAAAAUAAGCUAGUAGUGCCGUCAACAAGAGAAAUUGAAAGCCACAGCGUUGAAGAUCUUGGAGACAUAUCAUCAGAAUUCAGCGUAGAAGUAGAAGAGGAACUGCCAGAUUUAACCCAAGACCCAACUAAGAAAAAAGGCAAAUUCUAUAAACUCGUUAAGUCAAUGAAAAAUAGAAGAAAAAGCGUACAAGUUGCUAAGAGUGCUGAUAAUCUUGUUGACAGUAAACCCCUAGAAGAUAAACAGGAGAAAAAGAAAGGUUUUAAAUUUCAUCGCAGAUUUAGUCUCAGUAGAGGUAGAGAGGAUUGACCAUAUUUUAUUGAUUGAUCCAAAAACACAAUAUCAAACUGAUACACUCCAUAUCAUAUAUGUAGUUAAAAAUUUUUGUUAAAACCUAUUUAUUUAUAUUAAAAACAAAUUUUAACCGUUAGACUGACACGUUCUUUGAAAUGAAAAACAUAUUUUAACAAAAAAGGAUAUAAAAAAUUUGGUACCUUAAAUACAUAGCAAUAUAAGAAAAAACAGUUUAUACGAGUAUUUCAGUAAAUUAUUAAAUAGGAAAUAUCACUGACGAAAACUAUCAUUUCACGGACAUUCUACAAUUCCAACUCAGUUAUAUAUAUUCUAAAUAAGUAUAAUAUGUACUCAAUGUAUCUUUGUUGUUUGAAAAUAUUUACAUAUCUUACACAAACGCACAUGUAAGUUUGAUGGAGGUUAAGAUUAGAUAAUUGCUAUGGCUCGCCUGAAUCUUUCUUCUAGUAUAGCUCUUAUAAUAUAAUCAUUUUUACUUCCAAAUAACGCUAGCAUGAAUAUAGUAGGUACAGUGCUGGCGAGUAUAUAUAUCUUUAUGAUAUUUAAUUGGUUUUAAUAAGCAUAUAUAUUAUUAUAGUAUUAUACAUUUAGUUUUUAAAACUAGUUUUCAAAUAAAAUAAAACAUGAUUUCUUUCGUACUUUUUAUUCAAUAAAAAUGAGUAUUCUCUAGCACUUCUGUGUUUAUUCGGAUAUAAUUUGUAAUAUUUCACUGUACGGCGCGUCGUACGUUUGCUAUUUGGUAAUAUUCCUGACUAUUUGGUAGAUUCCUAACUUUCAACCGAAACGAAGUAGUAAUGUGUUUGUCAGUUACCAGCAAUAAAUAUUUGUCAUUGAAUUGGGAUAAAUCAAUACAUUUAUCUGAAUUCAACGAAAGUUGACAAAUAGUUAUAUUUUUCGUUUCAUUAUUCUUCUAAACCCGUUAUCAAUUUGUAACUAUGGCACUGUACUAAAAUUAGCAUUAUUUGGUUACGGCUAUAUAUUUUUAUUGAGCAUUUAUAAUAAUAGGUGCCACAGACAGCACUGGAAAAAAUAUCUGAUUAAUAGGUCUAUGGUAUCUUUUAUUUUAAAUGCUCUUCAUCUAUCACUAAGUACUUGAUUAUCUUUAAUACUAAAGAUUAAGGCAGACAGAGAAGGGGUUAUUUAAGGGUUAUUUUUAUUCACUCCUAUAAUCGACUUUUAACUUUAAAGAGCUUACUAAUAAAGUAAAUAAGUAAUAGCUAAACUUUACGUCAAGUAUACAUGU